UCGUGCUCCACAACUGGCGCGGUUCGGCGCAAGGUACCAUCGCCGAAUUAUUUUCAGAUAGAUGGUUUUUCUUUUGGACCGGUGUCAUAUUUAUACUUAACCAGAUCCUCACCGCCAUCCAUGACUCAAAGCAAUAACCACCAUCGCCGCACUUCCUCGGGCUCCAAUGUCCCUAAGCUGAGGAACUCACGGCCGGCUUUACAUCGGAGAGGCACAUCCUUUGUCAACCACUCUAUAUCCAAACUAGGCUCUGGACAAGUCACCAAGCAGUUAGAGUUGGACGACGACCGGCAGCCCGAGAUGGCGGCUAGCUUUCUCAACUUUUGCGCCAUGUGCGAGAAGCAGAUAACAGUGCCUGACAAUUCCCUCUUAUAUUGUAGCGAAAGCUGUCGCCGCAAAGACUCCCACAAACCACUUUCAGCUUCCUUCUCAUCAAACUCCUCCAUGUCUUCCUCAACAACUCCACCUGCCUCUCCUCCUAUGUCUCCUCGAAUGAUUGUAGCACCCAUGACUCCCACGAAAGGUGCCGCCAGAUCCUCAAUCUCCAGGAUACCCAGCGAAUGGAAUGAUGCCAAGACGGAUCAGGAUCCAUCCGAAUGGAAGCCAGUGAUACCUAUGGGAUCCGGUGCCAGUUCUCUGGCGUCAUCAGAGGCUUGGAAUUACCUCUCCCAGUUUCAUCGUGAUGAAACUAUGAUGCCGGUCAGGCGCCCUCGGUUUGAUCACCGCAGUUCGACCAGCUUGUCGGCACUUUGGAGUGCUACGGGGUCUGUUCCGCCACUGAUGCACACGCCGUCCACAGCUGCAUCGUCGGUGAGCAGCAACGGGUCGGACUAUAUGAGCUAUAUGCAUGACUCGGCCUAUCGUCCACUGCCCCCUCGGCACAAGCCCCAGAUGUCUGGUUGCCCAAGCGCCUCGAAAGGGCUCGACUUGGUAGUGCCUCAUGUGCAUGUGAGCGUGGAAGAUGCCCCUGCUGUUAACAUCUCCAACGAUGGGUCGAUCUUCCCCGCCAGUAGUGCGCUAUGGGAUGAGAAGCCCAGUGAAAAGACGCCCACCCUGAAGACGGCCUUGGAUUCGCCGACCUCUGAUAUACCUGCCCGUUCCCUGGAGGAGACUCUGUGAUCAUACCGUCACGAUUCUGACGCUUUCCAAAUUGACUGAGUUUACAAUCAUUAGUCGA